AUGAGGGUCGCCCGCUCGUGAACCACUAGCGCCGGAGUAACAACGCCGUAGCCGUUAUUACUCUUAACGGCGUCAAUACGUUAAAUAUAUACAUCCGACAGGCAGCAACAAUGAAACGACGCCGUAGUAACUAGUUCUGUCUUAAGGGCGUCAUUACGAGGCAUCGGGAAUUUAACGACGUCGUAUUUUCGUAUCGCGACGCCGUCAUCAAUUCAUCAUUUGUAUGGUUUUUAGCGAGAAUCAUCAGUUUCCCGAUUGCCGAGUUAAACGGAGAUGAGAGGGCUUUACCAUUUCAAGAGAUUCUCAUUUUUUCGAUCUCUCUUAUCCUUCGCUAUUGCCACUUCUCCCGGAGCACUAACGACCAGCAGGUCACUGUAUUCUUUGAGCCGGUCGUUGUCAUCAGCCCCGUACGCCGCCGGUGGAUGCUGCCGAGAAACGCCUCUGCUUCAUUCCCCGUGGUCUGCUCUGCAACGCCGCGGUGUUAAGGUUAACGCGAUUCAGCUAAGGGCAGGGAAUGUAAUUGAACGAACAGGACGUACUUUUCGGGUUGUAGAAGCAGAGCAUAAACAACAAGGUAGAGGAGGAGCUUCCAUUCAGGUUGAGCUUCGUGAUGUUGACAGUGGGAAUAAGCUUAACUUGCGCUUUGGAUCUGAGGAGUCGGUUGAGAAGGUUUUUGUUGAGGAGAAAUCUUUCACGUGUUUAUAUACAGAGGGUGAUACUGCAUAUCUGAUCGAGCCUAAUACGUUUGAGCAAGUUGAAGUGCCAUUGGACAUAUUUGGCAAAGCUGCUGUAUAUUUAAAAGAGGAAAUGAAAGUUCAGUUGCAGCUGUAUGAUGGAAGAGCUUUAUCUGCAUCUAUCCCUAAGCAUAUCACAUGCACAGUGGUAGAAACACAACUUCCCAUGAAAGGCCUAACAUCAGCUCCUCGGUAUAAGAGAGCUCUCCUGGAUAAUGGUUCCACUAUACAGGUACCAUCUUAUCUGGAGGCAGGUGAAAAGAUUGUAAUAAACACUGAAGAUGACUCUUUUGUUAAAAGGGACAACAAAUGAAACUCUUUAAGUAGACGUUUAAUACAACUCCUACGGAGGAUAAAAUUAGGGGUUUUAGUAUUUAUGAAUCUAUUAUCAUUAUUCCUGUUCUCAUAAUCUCGGAGCUUUGAGAUGUCGAUUGUCACAAGUUCUUCUAUAUGAAGAAGAAGACUUAUCACUUAUCAAGUUAUCAGUGUGUACAAAUAUUUCAGAAUUAUAAUAAAGGUUAGUUUUUAGAUUGCA